CUUUUGGCAAGAAGAACUCAAAAUGCAGCCUUUCAAUCGGCUCUACAGUAUUAUUGUAUACAUAUAAUUUAGAUUCAAUGAAAUUUAUUUUUCGACGAUUGUUUGUUACGAAUUUCUAAUUCUUCAUCGAAAUACAUGAUAGAGUAAAGUUACGUAUCCGACGAAAUCAAAAAGUGAGUGACUGUGAGUGUUAUUGUUAUUGACUUGUGAAAGGACAUUCAUCAUUAAAACAUUGUGGUAUUUCAGGUUUAUUAGUUUUAUUGAAGCAAAAACUGAAGAAAUCAUGGGGGAUUUGGCAAAUGAAGAAACUGCACAAACUGAAACUCAAGACCUAUCAAAGCCCAAGUUUGAUACUGAAAUCUCUAAUGAAGUUCACAUUUGCCAUCCAAAUGUUGAUGAAAAGAGUGAAAACAAUAAAGAUAUGGAGAUUCAUAGUUUCAAAAAACCUAUAAUAAUUGGACCUAGACAAAAAAAUUAUGCAAAAUUGAAAUCUGUUUCUGAAAAUAUAAAAAAAAAUAUACAGAGUAAUGAAUCAGUUAUGAUCCAGCCUACAAAUGAAUUUUCUGAGACAUCUAAACCUCCAGCAAGUCUCCAAUCGAGUCCAAAAGACCCUACCCUUGAGAUACCAUAUAAAGAACCUUCAUGGAGUGGUAUUCCGACAGAUUCUUACAAAUUGGAAGUUUUGAAAUCAGGCACUAUUUUAGAAACAAUUGAUUUAUCAAAUAAAAGUUACUAUGUGGUUGGAAGAUUACCAAACUGUGAUAUACCAAUGGCCAACCCAACUAUCUCACGCUAUCAUGCUAUUUUUCAGCACAGAAUAGUUGACGAUGGUAAAAUCCAAAAAGGAUUGUAUGUUUAUGAUUUGGGAAGUACUCAUGGUACAUUUUGGAAUGGAAACCAAAUAAAACCAAAAGUUUUUGUUCGAUUACAAGGAGGUCAUAUGGUAAAGUUUGGGUGCAGUCAGCGUAAAUUUAUUAUUCUUGCACCAGAUCAUGAUCAAGAACAAGAGUCAGAGUUAUCUUUAACAGAAUUAAAGAUAUUAAAAGCACAUCAAUCCAAAGAAUAUGAGCUACAAAAAUUAAGUCAUAAAUUUGAUAACCAAGAACCAGAAGUAAUGAUGGAAAACGAAGAACAAGGUAUUGAUUGGGGAAUGGGAGAAGAUGCUGACGAAGAAACUGAUAUGACUGAAAAUCCAUAUGCUCAGACAGCAAGUGAAGAAUUAUUCUUAAAUGAUCCAAAAAAAACUUUACGAGGCUGGUUUGAAAGAGAAGGUCAAGAUUUACAGUACCAAGCUGAAGAUAGGGGCAAUGGAAAAUUUGUGUGCUGGGUAGAUUUACCAAUAGAUGCUGGAAAGACACUACGUGCUGAAGCCACAGUUUCAGGAAAAAAAAAAGAAGCAGUUGUACAAUGUGCUUUAGAAGCAUGCAGAAUUUUAGAUAGAUGUGGGUUACUACGCCAAGCUACCCAUGAAACCAGAAAAAGAAGAGCUCGCAAUUGGGAAGAAGAAGACUUUUAUGAUUCAGAUGAAGAUAACUUUUUGGAUAGGACUGGAGCUGUAGAAAAAAAAAGAGAACAAAGAAUGAGAUUAGCAGGAAAAUUAAAGACUGAAGUAGAAAACUAUGAUUCUUUGUUGCAAAAAUAUUCUAAAAUAACUGAAAGAAUUUCAAGUAUACAGAAUAAAUUGAAACUGCAUAAUGCAAAAAAAAGUGAAACAAAUGAUUCAAACAUAGAUGCUUUAGAUGCAUAUAUGUCUUCUUUAGGAUCAUCUUCAUUAGAUAAAUUAGAAAUCAGAAAAUUAAAAAUUGAACUUAUUAAUUUGGGUAAAGAAGAAUUGCAGUGCAUUAAAUUAAUUAAUAUAGCUAAACCAACUAAUUUGCCACCUUUUAAACCUCAUGGAACCAUUGAUUUAAAAAAAAAUACCAAUGCAUCUGUACAAGCUGAUAAAAUAAUGGAAUUACAAAAACAGCAAUCAUCUUAUUCUUCUGAAAAAUUUGACGAUGGUAAUGGAGAACGAAAUUGUACCAUCAAUACAAGUGAAACGAACUGUACAAAUUAUAAAAAUGAAAGUAAAGUUGACAAGAAAAAUGUAGCAAAAUUAUGUGAUGUAAUUGAACAAGAAUUUUCAAAUACUGAUUUAAAACCUAGUACAAAUGAACAAAAAUAUGAAAAAGCAGGAUUGGCAAAAAAACAAAAAAGGAAUACGAUUAAAUUGCAUCAAAAAAAUAAAAAAGGAUUAGCAAAAGAAGUAGAAGAAUGUUCAGGGCAACAAAAUUACAAUGAAGAUGCUUACAAAGACAAUUAUGAUACAUGGGUGCCUCCUGAAAAUCAAAGUGGAGAUGGGAAAACUAAUCUCAAUGAGAAAUUUGGUUAUUAAAUAUGUACAAAUUUAUUUAAAUACUUUAA